UAAUUAACAACCAUUUGAACGAUCUUCUCCUAGCUAUAUAGCCACCCUUCUACUUCUCUUCCCACACUCAGCAUCUUCCACAGAGACAAGAUCCCAAGAGGAACCGUCGGGAUCUAGCUAGCUCGUCGGCCGCGAUGAUCACCGGGAAGGACAUCUACGACGUGCUUGCGGCGGUGGUGCCGCUGUACGUGGCCAUGUUCAUGGCGUACGGGUCGGUGCGGUGGUGGGGCAUCUUCACGCCGGACCAGUGCUCGGGGAUCAACCGCUUCGUGGCCGUCUUCGCGGUGCCGCUCCUCUCCUUCCACUUCAUCUCCACCAACGACCCCUACGCCAUGGACUACCGCUUCCUGGCCGCCGACUCGCUGCAGAAGCUCGUCAUCCUGGCCGCCCUCGCCGUGUGGCACAACGUGCUGUCCCGGUACCGGUGCCGCGGCGGCACGGAGGCCGGCGAGGCGUCGUCGCUGGACUGGACCAUCACGCUCUUCUCCCUGGCGACGCUGCCCAACACGCUGGUGAUGGGCAUCCCGCUGCUGCGCGCCAUGUACGGCGACUUCUCGGGGUCGCUCAUGGUGCAGAUCGUGGUGCUGCAGAGCGUCAUCUGGUACACGCUCAUGCUCUUCCUCUUCGAGUACCGCGGCGCCAAGGCGCUCAUCUCCGAGCAGUUCCCGCCCGACGUCGGCGCCAGCAUCGCCUCCUUCCGCGUCGACUCGGACGUGGUCUCGCUCAACGGCCGCGAGGCGCUGCACGCCGACGCCGAGGUCGGCCGCGACGGCCGCGUCCACGUCGUCAUCCGGCGGUCCGCGUCGGGGUCCACCACGGGCGGCCACGGCGCCGGGCGCUCCGGGAUCUACCGCGGCGCGUCCAACGCCAUGACGCCGCGCGCGUCCAACCUCACCGGCGUGGAGAUCUACUCGCUGCAGACGUCGCGGGAGCCCACACCGCGGCAGUCCAGCUUCAACCAGUCCGACUUCUACUCCAUGUUCAACGGGAGCAAGCUGGCCAGUCCCAAGGGCCAGCCCCCCGUCGCCGGCGGCGGUGGUGCGCGCGGGCAGGGGCUUGACGAGCAGGUCGCCAACAAGUUCAAGGGCGGCGAGGCGGCGGCGCCGUACCCCGCGCCCAACCCCGGCAUGAUGAUGCCGGCGCCACGGAAGAAGGAGCUUGGGGGUUCUAACUCCAACUCGAACAAGGAGCUGCACAUGUUCGUGUGGAGCUCUAGCGCGUCGCCCGUGUCGGAGGCCAACCUCCGCAACGCCGUCAACCAUGCCGCGUCCACUGACUUCGCCGCCGCGCCGCCGGCGGCAGCCACGCCACGCGACGGCGCCACACCCAGAGGCGUGAGCGGCACGGUGACGCCGGUGCUCAAGAAGGACGCCAGCAGCGGCGCGGUGGAGGUGGAGAUCGAGGACGGCAUGAUGAAGAGCCCGGCGACGGGGCUGGGCGCCAAGUUCCCGGUGUCGGGGUCCCCCUACGUGGCGCCGCGGAAGAAGGGCGCCGACGUGCCCGGGCUGGAGGAGGCGGCGCACCCGAUGCCGCCGGCGAGCGUGAUGACCCGGCUCAUCCUCAUCAUGGUGUGGCGCAAGCUCAUCCGCAACCCCAACACCUACUCCAGCCUCAUCGGCCUCGUCUGGUCACUCGUCUCCUUCAGGUGGAACAUUCAGAUGCCUACAAUAAUCAAGGGGUCCAUAUCCAUCCUGUCUGAUGCAGGUCUAGGGAUGGCUAUGUUCAGCUUAGGUCUCUUCAUGGCUCUGCAACCAAAGAUUAUCUCUUGUGGAAAGUCUGUCGCGACGUUCGCGAUGGCGGUGAGGUUCUUGACUGGGCCGGCGGUGAUCGCUGCGACCUCAAUCGCCGUGGGGCUCCGAGGAGUGCUCCUACAUGUUGCCAUUGUUCAGGCAGCACUUCCACAAGGAAUUGUUCCAUUUGUGUUCGCCAAGGAGUACAAUUGCCAUCCUCAAAUACUUAGCACAGCGGUUAUUUUUGGAAUGCUGGUGGCGCUCCCGAUCACGAUACUCUACUACGUUCUCCUUGGGAUAUAGAGUCAUAAUCUUGAAGAACUAAGGCUGCACAUCUAUGGGUAGGAAGAAGUAGAAUUCUAGAGACGAAUGAUCAAUGAACAUGUGGGCUGUCUUGAAUACCUGAAGAUGCAUGAGAUGAGAUCAAGCAGAAGGAUAGGGAGAACUAAGUAGGACCCUAGACAGGAAUUCAAAGGAAAGAUAAACAUAUCCUUGAUUCCAUUUUUUAUUUUUUAUAUUAUUUUUGCUACUGUUUUAGAUCCAAAGUAAAGGCUAGGGCUUUGAGUAUGAAUGGUUCAACCGUUAAAUCGACAAGUUGCUACUAAAUCAAGAUUCGUCCAGUGAGUGACACAUGAUCUGGCCACAAGUGUGUGUGCCAAGGUAAAUGUAACUUGUAAUCUCACCCUGGAUAAACUAAUACGUGCGGUUCCCACAUCGCAUGGCAAGAUCA